CAGUCGCGUCGCCAUUAGUCCUCAACGACAAAAGUCAUCGACACAUAGAAACACUGACAAUUGCCUAACGAUUGCGCAGAACUCUGCGUCAUAGCUGUGUGACAAAGGAGUAAGCAAGAUUAACACUCUUGGUGAAUCUGGGCGCAUAGAAUAAGACAUCUUAUUUACGAUAGAAGAAACUUCUUUUUUAUAUAUAUAUUGAUCAUUGGAAAAGGACAAAUAUCGCAAUAUGUAUAAAUCGAGUCAGGAACCGGAUAUACCCGCGGCAUUGGGCUUGCUGACACUUUUAAGUAAUGAAGAAUUAAAGGACAUAUUGAACGACGAUAGCAAGUUCGAAGACAUCGUAAAGGACAUUAAGCAGUUUAAAGAGCUUGAAACCGAGAAAGAAGUACUUAUGGCUAGCAACAGAUCGUUGGCAGAAUUUAAUCUUUCAAAACAGCCAGAAUUAGAAGAAGGUAAACAAAUUUUAAAAGAACUCAGCGACAAGGGACAUCGAUUAUGCUUCAGCGUCAAGGAGAAGCUCAAUGAGAUGAAGGAUAGAUCGGGAAUUAUGACAGUCGACACGGCAUUAGACCUUUUGCAAGCGGCCGCUGCGGAAAUUGAGGAGGAAUCGGAGAAAGUGGCUGAAAAAUUUUUAGCUGGCGAUAUGGAGGUGGAUGAGUUUUUAGAACAAUUUUUGUCAAGGCGAAAAUUAAUGCACUUACGUAAAGUUAAAGUCGACAAGAUCAGAGAAAUAAUGCGAAAAUCGUCGCAUCCUUCGUCCUAUUUUAGUUCUAACUUUCCUGGAAUUGCGCCUUCCAUACCAUAUCCAACCGGGCCUGUAUCAAUGCCAAUGCCCAUACCAUCAGGCCCUUCACUUUAUAGACCAUAUUGAAUAGGCCUACAUUCAAUUUCUCUUUCACUUUUCUUUUGUAAAUAAUAGCAUGAUAUAUCAAUAUACCUAUGUCGCGUUGUAUUUUGGUAAAAUACAAAAGAUGAUUGAAAUAUUUCAAAGGAGUUUGGAUUAUUCUGAAAAUGAUGCAAAGUUUCGUUUAUAAAGCUUCGAAAAUAGUUAUUGCCCCUUCAAUUGUAUAUAUUUGCAAUUAUAUUUUCGUAUUUGGGUAAUUAAUUCUAUCUACAGUCUACCUCUCGCAAAGAAUUUCAUUUCCGAGAGUAGCCUAAAUGUAUGUACACACAAAGGACAAAUGUCGUCUUAAGAACAGGACACCCAUACAGAAAGUAAAAUACUAAGAAAUACUCUUUUCGCAAAUGUAAUUAUUUACAGUAAUUUACAUUAGAUGUAAUAUCAAUAAAUUUCUACUCUUGGACGAUUCAACUAUACAACAAUGCAUUUGAAAUUAUACUUUUUACGUUUCUUUCUUUUUCUGUGGUACAUCGUAAUCGGUAGUAUAUUUCAACGGAUAGAUCAGUUUUAAAAUCAAGAAAACUAUCAGAAAUAAUAUUGUCCAAUAUGGAAAUAAAUUAUCAUUAUUAUUAGUG